AAUCCGUGGAAUCCUCGUCAGAAGAACUGUGGUGUCCCCACCCCUCCCCCACCACCCUCGUGUAGCGAUGGUAAACAGAACCAGGGUGAAGAAGACAUAGAUUGCGGUGGACCCAACUGUCCCUCCUGCCCCGAACCCACCGCAAGUAUUGAUGAAUAUGCCAAGUAAGAUACAAGUUGUUACACGUCUGUUCGCAAGCUGUCGACAAGUUGUGUUCGCACUGCUUGUUCCCGGUUGUUGUAACAAGUUUGGAACAAACUGUCAACAACUUGUAACAACUUGCUACAAGUUGUUGCUUGUGAUGUUACUCUGAGUGUAUAUCCUCACCGGGCAAGCUUGAAAAAUAUGCCUGAGCACGGUGGGAAUCGAACCUACGACCUUUGGAAUACUAGCCCAAUGCUCUGCCAACUGAGCUACGCGGUCUGGUCGGUUCGAGUAUGUGAUAUUUCGGAACAGAAUCUAGUUCCUUCGACAUCAAUGUUAUCUAAUAAUAAUCAUGAUUUUUCUUUGUUGGUGUAAUGUACUCAGGUGAAUAUGAUGCUUGUGAUGUUACUCUGAGUGUAUAUCCUCACCGGGCAAGCUUGAAAAAUAUGCCUGAGCACGGUGGGAAUCGAACCUACGACCUUUGGAAUACUAGCCCAAUGCAUAUUUUUCUCAGGCAUAUUUUUCAAGCUUGCUCGGUGAGGAUGUACACUCAGAGUAACAUCACAAGCAUCAUAUUCACCUGAGUACAUUACACCAACACAGAAAAAUCAUGAUUGCUACAAGUUGUUCCAACAUGGCUGAUACAGACUGUUCGCAACAAGUUGCUACGUGCACAACGUAAAAACGCACAAGUUGUUACAAAUCUGUUCACAAUGUCGACAAGCUGUGUUCGCACUGCUUGUUCCCAGAUGUUGUAACAAGUUAGGAACAAGCUGUUAACAACUUGUAACAAGCUUGAUGGCACUAUCAGACUUGUUACGAGGUUGUUCUAACAAGUCUGAUACAGUCAUGAUAUAACAAGAAUGUUACAACGUUGACCACACAAUACUGUUAUAUCGUAACUGUAUUGGACUUGUUGGAACAACCUUGCAACAAGUCUUAUAAUAUCAACAAGGUUGUUACAAGUUGUUAACAGUUGUUAGUUGCUUGCUCCAAACUUGUUGACAACGGAGAUGUAAUACCAAAUCUUCAAAGUAUUAAUGUAACCUUUUAUCGUUCCAUCAGAAAUAUCAAGCACAAAGUCGACUCAUCGUGGACCACAGGAUUUUCCUCCUCAAUCGAGGCAACUGUCAUUAAACGCAUCACUGGCGAUUGGCAACUCGUCUUAUUCUUUGAUAAUCCUGUGGAAAUAAGUUCUGUUUGGGGAGCCAAGAAAGUAUUUGAAAACAAACUAAGUAUGUGAACAUUAUGUAAAAUUUGAAAGGAAUUAAUACUGCGAUUUGCAGUUGAGCUUAGAGACAAGAAGUUUUGGCGCGCAGUUGAUCGUUGAAACGUUACCAAGGGCAAAUUCAAAUGUUGUCAAGCGGAAAUGCGAAUGUUGUAAUGGGAGAUUUAGGCACUUUCGGCCAAUCAUAGUGAAGAAUGCGUUUGGGCAACGCCUUCUUCACUAUGAUUGGCCGAAAGUGUCUAAAUCUUCCAUGACAACAUUCGCAUUUCCGCUUGACAACAUUUGAAUUUGCCCUUGGUAACUUGGACGUUUCAACGAUCAAACUGCGCGGCAAAACUUCUUGUCUCUAAGCUCAACUGCAAAUCGCAGUAUACUAUUUCCCCAGUUUCAUAACACUGCCACUUGAUAAUUAGCAUUUGCUUUACGAUAGUGCUCACAGAACCCCACGAUUUUGGGGCAUCUCGAUGUAGAAGGAACAUUUGUCGGUGGAAUUUUCCAAAGAAAAAAUUUAUAUACAAUUUUAGAGGAGUCUGUAGCUCAGUGACAGUGGUCAGAGCAUUCUCGCAUUUUUCGCAGCUGUUCUCGGUCACAGACGUAAAAUCGCACAAGUUGUAACAAACCUGCAACAGACUUGCAGCAAUGCUGUUCCAACAACUUCUCAACAGGAUAUGUUCGCACUGCUUGUUCCCAGCUUGUUAACAACUUGUCAACUUGCUACAAGGUUGUUCAGUUCAACAGAUUUGUUACAAGUUGUUCCAACAACUUGUUAUCGUCCUGUAAUUCAACAAUUUUUCAACAAGUUGUGGGUAACGACAUUGUAGCAACUUGAUGAAAUAACACCAUUGUUACAACUUAUUGACAAGUUUGAUACACAUCAGGUUGACAAGUUGUGUGAGAUUUUUACGUAGCUCAAAAACUGUAUCGUUCAAAUAUCCCAUUUUAAAUAUUUUAGGCACAGUUUUCAAAUUCAGAGGUUUGCCCUGGAACAAGCAUCGUAAAGUUGGAGAUAAGAUCAACAUUGGUUUCAAUGCGAUGGUGAAGAAUCCUGGCACCAAAUUACCUCAAGUACUCACUCUGGAACUGGAGUGUAUUGGAUGUAAAUGA